UUAGAUCCAUAAAGAAGCUAUCAUAUCUCAUUUAAGUUGGGCUAGCCUCUUUCUAGGAUUCCAUACCUUGGGCCUUUAUGUUCAUAACGACGUCAUGCUUGCUUUUGGUACUCCAGAAAAGCAAAUCUUGAUCGAACCUAUAUUUGCCCAAUGGAUACAAUCUGCUCAUGGCAAGACGACAUAUGGGUUCGAUAUACUCUUAUCUUCAACGAAUGGCCCCGCUUUCAAUGCGGGUCGAAGCCUAUGGUUGCCCGGAUGGUUGAAUGCUGUUAAUGAGAAUAGUAAUUCGCUUUUCUUAACAAUAGGACCUGGGGAUUUCUUGGUUCAUCAUGCUAUUGCUCUAGGUUUGCAUACAACUACAUUGAUUUUAGUAAAGGGCGCUUUAGAUGCACGCGGUUCCAAAUUAAUGCCAGAUAAAAAGGAUUUUGGAUAUAGUUUUCCUUGUGACGGCCCAGGGCGCGGCGGUACUUGUGAUAUUUCUGCUUGGGACGCAUUUUAUUUGGCAGUUUUCUGGAUGUUAAAUACCAUUGGGUGGGUUACUUUUUAUUGGCAUUGGCUGUGUUCACAUUAUCAUGGCAUUCGGAUAGCUGGUUAA